AUGGCCAUGAGCCAGGGGGCAGUGGCAGAGGAGAACACCCAAUAUAACAAUGCCGGACCUGUAAGUAUAGCAGAGCUUGAUGCACAGUAUCCCGACCGUCCAACGAACCCUCCCUCCUCGACAUUCUUCUUCCAUGAGCUCCUCACGGGCCUCUUCAAUCCUCUAAAUGACAACAAGAAAAAGGCCAUAGGUCCAGGUAUCGCCCGAGCUAAGAGAGGGCCUGCUGGACCUACCAAGCUCAGUCCACACGAGGCCCGUCGCAAUAUAAUCGCAAGAUUCAUCUCUAGAUGGCGCAACGAAGUUGGCAACGACUUCUACCCCGCUCUGCGCCUUAUCAUACCGGAGAAAGACCGUGACAGGCCUAUGUAUGGCCUGAAGGAGAAGGCUAUUGGGAAGCUGCUUGUCAAUCUGCUGAAGAUCAGUUCAAGUUCCGACGAUGGAUUUAACCUCCUUAAUUGGAAAUUGCCAGGUCAAACGACUGCUAGUCGUAUGGCCGGCGAUUUUGCGGGAAGAUGUUAUGAAGUGAUUUCAAAACGAUCGAUGAGACAAGGCUUCGGAAAUAUGCGUAUUGAAGAGGUCAAUGAAAUGCUCGACAAGCUUUCAGCUGCCCAGAAGGAAGAGAACCAAUUACCAAUCUUCCAAACAUUCUACAAUAGAAUGAAUGCAGAUGAGCUGAUGUGGUUGAUUCGAAUCAUUCUACGACAGAUGAAAGUAGGAGCAACUGAAAAGACUAUCCUAGAACUCUGGCAUCCGGAUGGUGAAACAAUGUUCAACAUCACAUCCAGUCUUCGAAAGGUCUGCUGGGACCUGACUAAUCCUGCAAUCCGUCUUGGAGGAGAAGAAGCUGGAAUCACGCUCAUGCAUUGUUUUCAACCCCAACUCGCUCAGUUUCAUACCCACACGUUUGAGAAAAUGGUACAAAAGUUAGCUCCAGAUGAUAAUGAAUUCUGGAUCGAGGAAAAACUGGAUGGCGAACGAAUGCAGAUGCAUAUGACCGAAGACGAUGAUAUUCCAGGAGGCCGAAGAUUCAGAUUCUGGUCAAGAAAGGCCAAGGACUACACGUAUCUUUAUGGGAACAGCUUCGAGGAUGACAGCUCGGCAUUGACUAGACAUAUCAAACCCGCUUUUGACCCGAACGUCAGAAAUAUCAUCCUAGACGGCGAGAUGAUCACUUGGGACCCCGAAACAAAUAAAAUGGUCGCCUUUGGCACCCUUAAGACUGCAGCUAUAUCGGCACAGAGGAACCCAUUUCAAGGAACUGGUAUCCGGCCACUGUUCCGUGUAUUUGACUGCCUAUAUCUGAACGACACAAAUCUUACAAGAUACGAGUUGAGGGAUCGAUACAAGGCCCUGUUCGAAGCUGUCAAAGAUGUACCCCAACGUCUUGAGAAACAUCACCACGAAGUCGCUCAGCAUGCUUCGAAGAUCGAACCUGCGCUGCGCAAAGUGAUCGCUGAGGCGUCUGAAGGACUCGUACUCAAGAAUCCACGAUCCAUGUAUCAGCUUAAUAGUCGGAAUGAUGACUGGAUGAAGGUCAAGCCGGAAUAUAUGAUGGAUUUUGGAGAAUCUUUGGAUUGCGUUGUUAUAGCUGGUUACUAUGGUUCCGGACACAGAGGUGGUAAUCUUUCUUCCUUCCUGUGUGGACUCCGGGUGGAUCAAAACCAUAUCAUGGCCGGUGCAAAUCCAAUGAAGUGCUGGUCCUUUUUCAAAGUUGGCGGAGGCUUCAGAGCGCAAGAUUAUUCCGAAAUCAAACACAGAACUUCUGGAAAAUGGAUAGACUGGGACAGCAAACAUCCUCCAAAUGAGUUCAUUGAGCUUGGAGGUGGUGACAGACAGUUUGAGAGACCUGAUGUCUGGAUCAAGCCUAGUGACUCUGUCGUUCUAGAAGUUAAGGCAGCUUCAGUCGGAACUUCCGAACAAUUUAGAACGGGCUUUACUUUGCGGUUUCCUCGAUUCAAAAAAAUCAGAACCGACAAGGACUGGGAGAGCGCCCUAUCCUUAUCCGAAUUUGCAGUACUGAAGUCCCAAGUUGAGAAGGAAGCUAAGGAAAAGGGAGAAUUCAAGGUAGAUAAGAAGAGAAAGAUGACGAAGAGGCUGAAAAAAAAGACUGUCAUCGCUGGGAACGAAAUAUCCCAGACGCCAUACGCUGGUCCCAAGACAGAAACCUUCCAUGGUCUGAACUUCUGCGUCAUGAGCGAGAUGACCAAACCCUACAAAAAGACCAAGGGAGAAAUUGAGCAGGCCAUCAAAGCGAAUGGGGGAGCCAUUUUCCAGAGCCCGACAGUAAAAGACGACAUAAUCUGUAUUGGAGACAAGAGGGUCAUCGCGGUCGCCAGCUUAAUCAAGAGCGGGCACAGGAGUGUUGUAAAGCCGAUAUGGGUAUUUGAUGCCCUCAAACAAGUUGAGAUCGAUGGCCUGGAUCGACAGAGAUUGCUCUUGCCCUUUGAAGAAAAACAAAUGUUUCAUAUGACGGAGAAAGAUAGGGAAAGUAUUGAAGGUAAUGUCGAUGAGUACGGUGAUAGUUAUGCGAGAGAUGUCAAUCCAGAUGAACUUGAACAGAUUCUCGAUGAUAUGAUACACCCUAAAAACUACGACUUCUCGUCCAAUGCAUUCCUGUCACAACUCGAAGAGCACGGCCAUGGACUUGGGGAACUGACUGGCUCGCUUUUUGCAAGGUGCGUUGUUCGAUUUAUUUCCGGGAAUGAUCAGCCAGAGGAUAGCGACUUCCUUGUUACCAAGAACCAGUUUCUAUUUGCUGGGGGCAUCGAAGCAACGGAUGACGAAGAAGAUACGAUCACUCAUUUUGUGGUCCGAAAUGCAUCCGCGGACAUGUUGCGGUCGCUGUGGGAUGAGCUUGCUUCAUGGAGCGGUAAAUUGCCUAGGAUCGUAGAUUUGAAGUGGUUACAAGACUCUUGGAGCGAGAAGACGUUGCUUGACGAGGAGAGAUAUACGGUUUCGUAA